AUGUUGUUCCUCUUCCUAAUAGCUAUACCUGCAGUCGUAAUUUUCCUUUUAAAAAACUACAGAAAAAUUGGAGUCAGGGUACAUAAUCAUCCACCAGGUCCCCCUGGACUUCCACUUGUUGCAAACUUAUAUCAAUUAAAUAAAGAAUCCCUUCAUAAAUACCUAUGGCAACUUUCAAAGAAAUAUGGUCCCUUAAUGUCCAUGAAACUUGGUUUUUCCCAAGUAGUAGUAAUUUCAUCAGCAAAAAUUGCUAAAGAAGCAAUGAAAACUCAUGACAUUGCAUUUUCUGGCAAACCAUCAUUUCCCAGCCAACAAAAGUUAUCGUAUAACGGUUUGGAUAUUAGCUUCUCAUCUUACGGUGCUUAUUGGAGGGAAAUAAGAAAUAUUUGUGUCAUACAUCUCUUUAACACCAAAAAGGUGCAAUCUUUUCGUCCAAUUCGUGUAGAUGAAGUGUCCAGGAUGAUCAAUCAUGUAACAGAACUUGCUUCGAUGUCGAAAUUGGUUAAUCUUAGUGAGAUUAUAUUGUCUUUAUCAAGCAGCAUAAUAUGUAGAGUUGGAUUUGGCAAGAGAUAUGAUGAGAAAGGUGAUGAAAAGAGGAGAUUUCACAAACUUCUACGUGAAGCAGAAGCUGUGCUUGGAGAUUUUUUUGUCUCUCAUUUUUUCCCAAUUUUUGGGUGGGUUAAUAAAGUCAAUGGAAAGGUUGCUAGACUUGAAAAGAUUUACAAUGAGUUGGACUUAUUCUAUCAAGAACUCAUUGAGGAGCACCUCAGCCCAACCAGGCCAAAAUCAAUGGAUGGUGAUAUUCUUGAUACGUCAAUUGUCUUGCGAGAUCAAACACUGUCAUCAUCUUUGACUCACACUUGGGAUCAUAUCAAAGCAGUGCUAAUGCUGGAGGCUGCUGGUUUUGGUGGGAUCGCACUUACGAUUGGUUUGCGCAGGUGCGAUGGCCGCAGAAGCGACAAAGGCGUCGCAGAUGCGAGAAUAGUGCUGGGUGAGGAAAACCGCAGAAGCGGAGAUUUGGGCGCAUAUGCGAUGCCGCAGAUGUUGGUUGCUGAUGUUGCUGUAUUCGAUGAGAGCUGGAUUGAAGAUAUACUUGCGUCCCGGCUGUAG